AUGGAUCCUUUAUCAGCUUCUCAAGACGUGAAGCACCAUGGUGAUACAGCCGCUGCAGAGAGCCUACAUCUAGGGAUGCCUUCAAAUCCCAGUGGUGGACACACAGUCUUCACCACUGAACAGGAUCUUUCUGGCCCUUCUUUUGAAGCACAUCCUGCUGUUGCCCAUACGGCACAGCGGCCAGAUCAAGGGCCUGUUGCUGAAGGAGGAGGGAGCAGUGGUGUUGGAGGGAUUGCAGAGGGGGGAGGAGGAGAGGGUGUGACGGGCGAUGUGAAGGGUGGGAGAGGGACUGGGGAUGGAGGAGGUGGAGAGGGUAUGACUGGCGGUGUGAAGGGUGGGAGGAAGGCGAGGCGAGGACCGCUUGGCCAUGUGCGAAGCUUCCUAGAAAAGGUGGAGGAGAGAAUGCAUCGCAGUCCCCGGCAGCAGCGACAGGAGCCAAUCAGGCAGGUCCACGUGGAGGCAGCAGAAAGGGAGAGGCCGCAGCAGGCACAGCAGAAAGUGAUGCAGCAGCAGCAGCAGAAGGGGAAAGCAACUGCACCAGAAGCAGCAAGGCCUGCGGAGGCGUCGGGUGUGGGUGGGGUGGGCGUGGGAGGGAGUGAAAAGAGGUCUGGAGGGCUGGGACGACGAGCAGAAGGCCGUAGCUUGUCUGUUGGAAUGGUGGAAGAGGAGGCGGGGGGAGAAGAGGUCAAAGAGGGGGGCAGAGAGGAGAGAGGAGAGGAGGGCAAGGAGGGGACAGAGUCGGGAGGCAUUAGUAGCGUGCAAGGUAUGAGGGAGGAGGAGGGUAUGGCACAAGGGACAAGAAGCCCAAGAGGCGGAUUCGUGAGGAGGAUGAGGGAGAGGGUGAAAGGGGCACUGCACCCACACCGCCGCCCUGGCAGGAGCCGCAAGCGGGAUCUCAGUGGCACGCACACACGAUCCAGCAGCGUCGACAGCCCCAUGCUCAACCCUUGCCCCCGCUUCAAUCUCACCUUCCUGUGUGUUUGUGCCCUCUCUUGCCUCCCUGUUUCUCUUCUCUUUCAGCUGGACCUUAGCGCUGGACCUCAGUGGCAUGACACACCCUCCAGCAGCGGCGGUAGCCCCAUCCUCACCCCUCGCUCUCCAUUCGAGCUCACCAUCAUGCCCACGCCCCCUCCGUCUCCUGCUGACGUGGAGAAUCUGGGUGCAUCUGCACCGUCGAUUGCGGAAGCGAUGCAAGCGGGAACAAGUGGUGACUUGGCAGGAGGGGAAGGAGGUGACGUGGCACGGCUGAGGGCAGUUGCAGAAGAGCUUAUACUGAAGGGGGUGAGUGAGGAAGAGGCGGAGGAGGCUGCAGAGGCUCUGGUGGAGGUGGAGGAGAGGGAGGGAGAAACGCCAAGCCUGACAGAAAUGGAUACGACAGAAAUGGGAAAAGCAGAAACGGGAACGACAGAAGCAGGAACGACAGAAACGAGGGCAAUCACAAGGAACAAGGCCCUGGAGGGAGCAGGAGGAGUGGAGGGACGAGAGACUGGAGAGUCAAUGAAAGGUGGGCGGAGUGUGGGGGUUGCAGAGUCAGGAGAGAGCAUGGAAGGUGUGGGAGGAGUGGAAGGCGGGAGGGCGAGGGAGGGGAGUGAGAGUGAGGGGUCGGACGAGGUGUUCUAUGAUGCCCACAUGUCGUUCUAUGGGCCGUUGGAUGCCGCAGAACAGGAGAAUCUGAGGGUGGCCGUGCAAGCAGCCAUUUCAGAGGCUGUAGCAGAGGGAUUGAAGGGGAAGGAGGGACCUGCGGUAAGUGGGGAGGGGCCUGUGGCAAGUGGGGAGGGGCCUGUGGUAAGUGGGGAGGGGCCUGUGGCAAGUGGGGAAGGGCCUGUGGUAAGUGGGGAGGGGCCUGCGGUAACCAGGGAGGGGCCUGCGGUAACCGGGGAGGAGCCUGAAGUAGCUGGGGAGGAGCCUGUGGUGACCGAAGAGGGCCCUGUGGUAGUUGGAGAGGGGCCAAUGGUAACCAGAAAGGGGCUUGUGGUAACCAGAGAAGGUUCUGAUGUAACCGGGGAGGGGCCUGUGUUGACUGGGGAGGGGCUGGGGCCCGAGGCGGCACCUGAAGAAUCACCUGAAGCGUUACCUGAGGCUGGAACGCCACCUGGUCUGUGGCAGCUGCCACACGAGGAGACUUCAACAUUGGAGCCUUCAUUAGAGUCACCGCCAUCAUCCCAGCCUCCCAUCGCUGCUGCGCUCCCUCUAUCUCCCGUUGUGGCUCCCCUUGUUGAGUCAGGUCCUUCACAAGCACCAGAAACAGCAGCUGCUGCACCCCUUCCCCUCCCACCCACUUCAAUUGAGCUGCCUGCUGCUUUUGUUCCUGCUGCUCCUGGUGCGGCGUCAGCAGCACGCCCCCUACAGUCAACAGAGAAAGAAGAGGAGGCUGCACCCUCUGCUUCCAAACUCAGUUCCACUGAGCUGCUUCCUGCUACUGUACCAGCGGCAGCUACUCCUGCUGCUGCUCCUGGUGCCGCUGGUGUUCUCUCAGCUGCAGCAGGCGCAACAGGGGAGCCUGCAACCGAUGUGCUCUCCGCCGCUGCUGCUGAGUCGGCAGAGCCGUCGAUUGCUGUUGCAAGUGCCGAGUCAUCAGGUCCGGAUGUUGUUGCUGCAGAAUCAGCAGGCCCUGGUGCUGUUACUGCUGAGUCAGGAGGGGUUACUGUCAUUGACAGUGAACGGGAUACAGAGAGGCAGAGGCUUGCAGUGGCUCUAGCAGUGGUGGCUGCAGCAGGAGCGCAGGCUAUAGCAGGAGCACAAGCAGGAGAAAGUGGAGUGAAGAGUGUUGGGGAAGGAAUGGAAGGAAGGGUGGCAAAAUUCCCUGCCUCUGAUUUGCCACUUGUAGCAACUGGUGCUGCUACUGGUGCGGAAGGUGCUGCUGAUGAUGCUCAUGCUACUGGUGUUGCUGUUGCUGCUGGUACUGUCACUGGUGACGGUGGUGGUGGUACUGGUGGUGCAGAGGAGCGUGUUUCCAUGGUUCAUGCUGUGAUGGCAGCAGCAGGCGCACGUGCUGCUGCAAGCAUGGCAGCAGGAGGAAAGGACGCUGAAGGAACCAGCAACCCUGGCGUUAAGACUCCAGGUGGCAUGGGUGGCAUGGGUGGCAUAGGUGAUAAAGGUGGCUUGGCUGGCUUGGCCGGCAUGGGCGGCAUGGGUGGCGCAAUGGGUGGUACUCAUGGUGGGAGGAGGGAGGAGAGCGCAGCAAGUGAAUGGAGCAGCCAGUCACAGGAGGGGUCGCCGCCUGGUGCGAGGAUGAAGAAACUGGGCGAGGUGGAGGAGAUGAUUGGAGAAGGGGAUGACGGGGUAGCAGGGGAGGAGGCGGAGGGUUCUGUGUCAGAGCAGGGCGGAUUGGUGGGGGCGAAAGGAAGACUGUUGGGAGCACGGAUGAUGGGAGAGGGACAAGAGUUGGGAGGUUCUGAGCGGGAAGGGAUGAUGGAGGAAGAGGUUCUUGGAGCUAUUGUGGAGGGUGACAGGGAGGGAGACGAGGAGGGAGAGCAGGGUUGGGCUGGGACGGCUCAGGAGGCAGGUGUCGUGCAGGGAGAGGUGCCUGCAGCAGCUGCUGUUGCGGAGAAGGGAGAGGUGCCCGAUGGUACUGCUGCUGCUCCAGACGAGGAGGGAGGGGUGCCUGGUGAUGGUGGUAGAGGUGCUGUUGCGGGGGAAGGCGAGGUGCCUGCUGCUGCUACUGCUGCGGAGGAGGAGGGGGAAGGGGAAAUGGUUACUGGUGGUGGUGGUGCUACCGCUACUGCUACUGCUGAGGAUGAAAAGGUGCCUGCUGCUGCAGAAGAGGGAGAGACGACUGCUGUUGCAGAGGCAGCGAGAGAGGUACCGGCAGAUGAGGAGCCAACACUUGGCACCGUGUUUGCAGCUAUGCUACCCUCGACGGUGGUGCGUAUGCUGGGGUUAGAAGGUGAGGGCGAGGCAAGCAGGGGGCGAGUGGGGGAGACGGAGAUGCUGGCAGAGGCAGAGGAGGAGCAGCAGCAGGAGCAGGCAGGGUGGAAGGGGCGGGAGGAGAAGAAGCAGCAGCAGAAGGCUUGGCAACAGGAAGAGGAGCAGGAGCAAGUGCAGCAGCAAUCUGGCCCAAGUGGCACUGCUGAGGAGGAGACCAAAGUGCCUGCUGCUGCUGCUGCUGCUGCUGCUGCAGAGAAGGGAGAGGUGCCUGCAGCUUUUACUGCUCCGGAUGAGGAGAAAGAAAUGCCUGCUGCUUUUGCUGCAGAAGAGGGAGAGGCGCCAGCAGAUGAGGAGACGACAACACUUGGCACCGUGGUUGCAGCUAUGCUACCCUCGACGGUGGUGCGUAUGCUGGGGUUAGAAGGUGAGGGCGAGGCAAGCAGGGGGCGAGAGGGGGAGACGGAGAUGCUGGCAGAGGAGCAGGAGGAGCAAGGGGAGGAGAAGGAAGGGUGGAAGGGGCGGGAGGAGACGAAGCAGCAGCAGCAGCAGCAGGAGGAGAAGCAGCAGGAGGAGCAGCAGCAGGAGGAGAAGCAGCAGGAGGAGCAGCAGCAGGAGGAGCAGCACCAGCACGGAUGGCAGGAGGAGGAGGAGCAGGAACAGGUGGAGCAGGCAUUUGGCCCAAGUGACACUGUUGAAAAGGAAGUUGAAGGAGGAGAGCGAGAGAAGCAGCAUUCGACCACAGCUGCCCUUGCAGCAGCUGCGCCCCCUUCCUGGCUCUCCCCUACCAGGGGAACAGAGGGAGGAGCGGGAGCAGUGAUUGAGGAGGAGGAACGGGAAGUGCAGCAGCAGCAGAAGAUGCAGCCACAUCAGCUGCAGGAGAUGCAGGAGAAGCAGCUUCUGGAAGCUCAGAAGGAUGAAAGUUUCUGGAGUCAUACAGAAGAAGGGGAGGAAGGAACUGAAACAUUAUCUGCUGAGGGGGGUGAAGUUCCAACCAAGGGCCUGGCUGCAGGAGGGAGGAGUGCAGGUCCGACCAAGGGCCUGCACACAAGAUUUCUUGAGAGCAUGAUGCCUGGCGUGGACUGGAGCGACGUGGCUGCAGAGGAAACGAGUGGCGCUCCCAAGGAGUCAAUGCUAGGUGGGAAGGCAACAGAGCCGUCUAAAGUGGCAUCCGACUGGAUUCCUGGGGGGAGAGUGUCUGAAAGGCAUCCCUAUACCUUUGAUACCCCACAAAUGGGUACGUCCGAGCUGCCAGGAGAAAGUGUGUCAGGGAAUUCAGCAAAGCUUGGAGAGACAGGGUGGGCUGGGCUGACCCGAUGCAUUAGGUCCGAGGAGAGGGGAGGGGAUGUGGCUCAGGAAGGGGGUGUGGUUCAACCAGUGGGAAAAGAGGGGGCUGUGCACGAAUCAGGAGGUGGAUUGGACGUGAAUGCAUCAGGGGACAUGGGAGAAAAUGUGACGGGAUGGGGGGAUGAGGAGGUGGAUGAGCCAAUGAGCGUGGAGGAGAGUGCACGGCUGGUGGAAGAAGCACGAGGGGAGCUGAGAGGGGCACGGGAGGACAUGGCUAAAGCGUUGGAGAGGCAGAUGCAUAUGUUGGCUUCAUGA